AGGGAAGUAACAAAAAACAUGGCGCCUGGGCCGAACAGGACACAUGCCCACUUAAAAUUAAUUUUAACACUUAUUUGGAGAUUAAAUCUUUUAUGAAAUUAUGCAACCUGUACCUAAAGAUAUGUCAAAAGCUCUUGAAAUAGAGUUCGGAUUAUGUGACGAUGAAUUCGAUGUUGUAGACUCGGAUUUGCCUAUUGCGUAUAACGAGCUUCGACACCGAGAAAAAAUCGAGGGUUCAAAAAAGGUCACGCAGUCAUGGCGAAUGAAGGAACGUAUGAAGACUGUCAGUGUUGCUCUGGUGUUAUGUCUAAAUGUUGGAGUAGAUCCACCAGAUGUUGUAAAAACAACUCCUUGUGCUAGAUUGGAAUGCUGGAUUGAUCCACUAGCACAAAGUCCUCAGAAAGCUCUAGAAGCUAUAGGUGCUAAUCUACAGAAACAAUAUGAGCGGUGGCAACCAAGAGCUAGAUACAAGCAGACUCUAGACCCUACUGUUGAGGAAGUGAAAAAACUGUGUACAUCAUUGCGUAGAAAUGCAAAGGAGGAAAGAGUUUUAUUUCAUUACAAUGGUCAUGGUGUACCAAAACCAACUGUGAAUGGAGAAAUCUGGGUAUUCAACAAGAGUUACACACAAUAUAUACCACUGUCUAUUUAUGAUCUACAAACUUGGAUGGGCAGUCCAUCUAUAUAUGUAUAUGAUUGUUCCCAUGCUGGAGUGAUAGUAGAUCUCUUCAGACAAUUCUCAUUACAGAGGGAAAGUGAAUCGGAAGCAGUGAAUGGUAAAUCAGUGACCUCUAACACAAGUUCCACAGUAAAACAUUGUAUACAGCUAGCAGCUUGUGGUGCCAAUGAACUACUACCCAUGAACUCAGAACUCCCAGCUGAUCUUUUUACUUCAUGUCUUACUACACCCAUCAAAAUUGCUCUAAAAUGGUAUGUCUUACAGAAUACAAGUAAGCUAGUACCAGGUCUAACACAAGAUUUGGUAGAUAAAGUUCCUGGCAUGUUGAAUGAUAGAAGAACAAUGCUGGGAGAAUUAAACUGGAUAUUUACAGCUAUAACUGACACCAUAGCAUGGAACACUCUCCCUAGAGAUUUGUUUCAAAGAUUAUUCCGUCAAGAUUUAUUGGUUGCAAGUUUGUUCCGUAACUUUCUGCUGGCAGAGAGAAUCAUGAGAUCUUACAAUUGUACUCCCAUAUCUGGACCCACCCUACCACGUACAUAUCAACAUCCCAUGUGGCAAGCAUGGGACCUAGCAUUAGAUUUGUGUUUAAGACAGUUGCCCAAGUUAUUGGAGGAUGAGUCGGCUGUAUUUCAGCACAGUCCAUUCUUUACAGAACAAUUGACAGCUUUUGAUGUCUGGUUAAAGUAUGGAGCAGAGUCUCGUGCCCCACCAGAGCAGUUACCUAUCGUACUACAGGUGUUACUGAGCCAGGUGCACAGAUUGAGAGCCUUAGAACUCCUCGGGCGCUUCCUUGAUCUUGGUCCAUGGGCUGUUAGUCUGGCUUUAUCUGUGGGAAUUUUUCCAUAUGUGCUGAAGUUACUCCAGAGCAAUGCAAGGGAAUUACGACCUCUUCUUGUCUUUAUCUGGGCUAAAAUACUCUCUGUUGAUAGUUCCUGCCAAGCUGAUCUUGUUAAAGAUAAUGGACAUAAAUACUUCCUUUCUGUGUUAGCUGAUCCUUAUAUGCCUGCUAAACAGAAAACUAUGGCAGCAUUUGUGUUGGCCAUGAUGGUGAAUGAAUAUAGACAAGGACAGGAGGCAGCAUUACAGGGAAGUGUUGUUGCCAUCUGUUUAGAACAGCUCACAGACUCUAGUCCUCUGUUAAGACAUUGGCUUGCUUUAUGCCUAGCAAAAGUUUGGACAAAUUUUGACAGUGCUCGUUGGUGUGGUGUACGAGACACGGCACAUGAGAAACUCUACAAGUUGUUAACUGAUCCGGAACCCGAGGUACGAGCUGCCGCAGUGUAUGCCCUCGGUACAUUCAUCAGUAACGUUAGCGAGAAAAGUGACCAUGCUACCAGUAUUGAUCUAGGUGUUGGUAUGCAACUAGUACAUGUAGCUCAAGAUGGAAGUCCACUUGUUAGAAAGGAGUUGGUUGUUGCAUUUGGAGGAUUAGUUUCUCACUUUGAGACACAAUUUGCUGUAGCAGCUACCCAACUGAUAGAGGAUGAAAAGUUGAGAGAGAGAACACCUGCUAUAUUGACUGGAGAGGCACCGGGUGGGUGGAAUCUUGUAGCCCCUGGGUCCCCAGAGGGAAUAUUUACCAGCAUUUCCAGUUCUAAUAGUUUGAAGAGGUCAUCAUCACGAGGCAGUCUCAGAACCCUCCUGUCCUCCACUUCUUCAGCCACGUCAGUAGCUCCAAGACCACCUGCGACUCCAGGCUCAGCAUUUGCUGCAUCUAUGGAGAGCCUAGAGUUACCAUCAUCAUCAUCAUCUAGGAUUCCACGAGCCAUGUCCUCCAAUGCUAUAUCUAACAUGUCCUUGAAAAACAAUGUUUACACCAAUGUAUGGAAAUCUCUACUACAGCUGGCUGUUGAUCCGGAGACACAGGUUUCAGAUAUGGCAAGAUGUCUAGUGAACCUUGUUAAGUCAAAGGUAACAACCAACAGCAAACCUCGUUACAUGCCAAACACCACAAAUAGCUCACAUUCUGCUCCAUCCAGCCCCUCUAAUAAAUAUAUCUCUGUUGGGACACCACCUCAGUUAAGUAGUGUGUUUGAGGAGUCAACAGACCAGAAACGUGAAUCUCCAUCUCGUUCCAGCAUUGUACUUAACCCACAAUCUUCAUAUACAUACUCAGCACAGUUUUCAAGAUCAAGAAAAAUGUAUGACAAGGGGCCAAAUAUGAUUGAAGACAAGGAUGAUGAUAAGGAUAUUAAAGGUCAAGCACAGAAUAUCAGUACAGAAUUCUUUGAGUGGAGUUGUAAACAUUUUGUACAACCUAUAAUGAGAUUGUCUGAUGAAGAAGACAGUGAGAGUAAUUCAUACCUACAGAGGAAUUUCAGGUUUGACAGAAACACACAGGUUAAAGAGGAGGCACGAGAGGAACAGGUUAAGGCUGGUUUCAACAGACUGGACAACGAGAUUUUUGUGAAUAGGAAUGUAGGUGUACCUUCUGUGAUAAAAUUCCAUCCAUAUGAGUCGGAACUGGCUGUAGCUGACAAGGAUGGUGUAGCAUUUUGGGAUUGGGAACAAGGUCCGAAACUUGGCUAUCUGAGCAAUGGUAAUCCUCGUCAUACAAGAAUAACAUCUCUGGAAUAUAUAAAUGCUCAUGAUAACACAUUGUUAAUGUGUGGAUCAGAUGAUGGAUGUGUGAAGAUAUGGAGAGAUUACAACUCAGAAUCUGAUAUUGAGUUAGUCACUGCAUUCCAGGCAGUUAGUGAGAUGUUACCACUUAACAGAGGGUCAGGAUUAGUGAGUUACUGGGAACAACAUACAGGGAUGUUACUUACCUCAGGAGAUGUUAGAUUCAUCAGGAUCUGGGACUCACAGAAAGAAUUUAAAGUUCAGGAUAUACCAACAGGAGCAGACAGUUGUGUCACAUGUAUGGCAUCAGAUAUGUCGGGUAGAUCAUUAUUGAUAGCUGGAUGUGGUGAUGGUACUGUAAGAUUGUUUGAUAGGAGACUAGCUCCAACUGAAUGUCGAGUGAUGACAUUGAGGGAGCAUACAAGAUGGGUAGUAAAAGUUCAUCUACAGAAAGGCACUGAAGGCAAAAUUGUAACAGCAAGUAAUUCUGGAGAUCUGAGAUUCUGGGAUCCACGGUUUACAGAGAGUGUAAGAUGUAUGAAUCUACAGUCCAGUUUUACCAGUGUUGAUAUACAUCCCAGAGCUGAUGUUCUAGCUUGUGGAUCAAUGAAUCAGUAUAUUGGAGUGUAUAAUCAGUCUGGGGAUACUCUCAGUACUAUCAAAUACCAUGAUGGUUUUAUAGGGCAGAGAAUAGGUGCAAUAACUUCAUUAGCGUUCCAUCCCUAUAGGGUAAAAUUGGCAGCUGGUAGUUCUGACUCGUAUAUAUCUGUGUACUGUACAUCAUUGAGACGUAGCUGAUAGUUAUUUCAUGUUUUGUAGCAUCUAAUCUAUUCUCAUUAAUGAGAUAAAAUCUCCCAGCAAGCUUCUAUAUCAUGCCUGUGAUAUAAAACAUACAUUCACAACAUGCUAACACGCUGUAGCUGAAUGAUGCAAGAGCUGGUCAAUGCUGGAACAGACAUGGACACGUCACACAUCCAAGAUAGUCCAGCUACAGGUAGAUCAUCCUUGUAUGUAUCUACUUAUCAAGACAGGAAUGAUCUAAAAACACAUUGAUCCUGUGUAGUGGACAGGUGUGAUAUAUCUACAGCUGACCAUUUACACUUUUUUUGUGCCAAACACCUUGCAGCUUAUAAGACAACUACAUCAACACAAAUACAUUAUGAUUUAUAGCAAGUCUUUAAUGCUUGUGUUGUAAGUGAAUGUUUAUAGUUAUACUUCUCACAGUGCUUA